UGUCCUUAGCCUCCAGUUGCUUUUCUCCUCCACCUGUGAAUUUCCUCCAAGAAUUGCCAAGCUACCGGUCCAUUGCACGCAAGAGGACAAACAUCGUUUCCCGAGACAAGCAAAGUGGCACUUUGCUGAAGCCAACAGACUCUUACAGCUCCCAGCUGGAGGGAGGGAUCGCUGAAAACCUCAACAGCCAGUCCAUUCGAAAGUAUGCACUGAACAUCUCCGAGAAGCGGAGACUAAGGGACAUUCAGGAGACCCAGAUGAAGUAUUUAUCCGAGUGGGACCAGUGGAAACGGUACAGCAGCAAGUCUUGGAAGAGGUUCAUAGAGAAGGCUCGCGAGAUGACGACGCACCUGGAGCUGUGGCGGGAAGACAUCCGCAGCAUAGAAGGGAAAUUUGGCACUGGGAUUCAGUCCUAUUUCUCCUUCUUGCGGUUUCUCGUGUUGCUGAAUUUGGUGAUAUUUCUCAUCAUCUUUAUGCUGGUUUUGCUCCCCAUCUUGCUCACCAAAUACAAGAUCACCAACAGCAGCUUUGUGCUCAAUCCAUCCAAAGCCGUGGAUAUUCAAUGCACAGUAUACCCGAUAAGUAGCUCUGGACUGAUUUACUUUUACAGUUAUAUCAUAGACUUGCUCUCUGGCACUGGUUUCUUGGAGGAGACUUGCCUCUUUUAUGGACAUUACACCAUUGACGGGGUGAAAUUUCAGAACUUCACCUACGAUUUGCCUCUGGCUUAUUUGUUAAGCACAAUUGCCUACCUGGCCCUGAGUCUUCUUUGGAUAGUGAAAAGGUCAGUGGAAGGGUUCAAAAUCAACCUGAUCCGGAGUGAGGAACACUUCCAGAGUUACUGCAACAAGAUCUUUGCUGGCUGGGAUUUCUGUAUCACCAACCGCAGCAUGGCGGACCUGAAGCAUAGCAGCCUGCGGUACGAGCUCCGAGCAGAUCUGGAAGAAGAAAGAAUACGACAGAAAAUAGCAGACAGGACCUCAGAAGAAACUAUACGAAUUUACUCUUUGAGACUGUUUUUGAACUGUAUCGUUCUGGCUGUUUUAGCAGCAUGUUUUUAUGCAAUCUAUAGGGCAACUAUAUUCUCGCAAGAACACAUGAAAAAAGAAAUCGACAAGAUGGUUUUUGGAGAGAACCUCUUGAUAUUGUACCUGCCUUCCAUUGUGAUCACCUUGGCCAAUUUUAUCACCCCAAUGAUCUUUGCCAAGAUCAUCCACUAUGAGGAUUAUUCCCCAGGCUUUGAGAUCCGGCUGACCAUCCUCAGGUGUGUCUUCAUGCGGCUGGCCACCAUCUGUGUGCUGGUGUUCACCCUGGGCUCCAAGAUUACAUCCUGUGAUAACUACUCCUGUGAGCUCUGUGGCUACAACCAGAAACUCUACCCGUGCUGGGAGACCCAGGUUGGGCAGGAAAUGUACAAGCUGAUGAUCUUCGAUCUCAUCAUCAUCUUGGCUGUGACGCUUUUUGUGGAUUUUCCUAGAAAGCUCCUGGUGACGUAUUGUUCCUCUUGGAAGCUGAUGCAGUGCUGGGGGCCUCCUGAUAAUGUUCUGGGGAUCGUUUACGGGCAAACCAUUUGCUGGAUCGGAGCCUUUUUCUCCCCCCUUCUCCCUGCCAUUGCAACCUUGAAGUUCAUUAUCAUCUUCUAUGUGAAAGAGAUGAGUCUUAUUCACACCUGCAGACCUUCCCCGAGGCAGUUCAGGGCAUCCAAUUCUAAUUUCUUCUUCCUGUUGGUGUUGCUGAUUGGCCUGUGUUUGGCAGUUAUACCUCUGACAAUCAGCAUGGCACACAUCCCUUCCUCGAAAGCCUGUGGGCCAUUCACCAACUUCAACACUACCUGGGAGGUGGUCCCCAAGACGGUGAGCACCUUCCCUGGCUCACUGCAGUCUGUGGUCCAUGGCAUCACGUCGGAAGCCUUCGCAGUGCCUUUCUUCAUGAUCAUCUGCCUCAUUAUGUUCUAUUUCAUCGCCCUGGCCGGAGCACACAAGCGGGUCGUUGAUCAGCUCCGAGAGCAGCUGUCCCUGGAAAGUCGUGACAAGCGUUAUCUAAUCCAGAAACUAACAGAAGCCCAGAGGGAGACGAGGAACUGACCAGACCGAUGGUGAAGACGUUGCCGUGUGUUACUUAUAAGCUGACUCACUGACCUGCCGAGGCUGCAAAGCACACCUGCUGGGUUUUGAGCGAAAUUUUAAAAAAAGUAUUUUUCUGGAGUUCGGGCCUUUCUUGAAUCAGGUGGCUCUAGAUAUGCAGCUCCAGUGGCCGAGUUUACAUAACCCAGUCCCUGCUUAAGGCUUUAGUGACUUAGAAAAGCAGGUUCAAAAUCACAACUUUGCCUGUUGACCAGCCGCUCAGUGACUCUACCAAAAAAAACUGACUUAUGAAGCUUUUAUACCAAAAAAUGGAGGAAGAGAGACCUCUUAUAUUUGUAAAAGCGUCUAUGUGCUGUCUUUUAAACUGUGGGCCAUCCUGCCAGAUAGUUCUUUUAAACCAGGUUCUAGGUUUCGGCUGAGAAGUGUACCUUAAGAAGUAGUGACCCGUUUGAAUGGUUCUGUAGACUUAAAAUGAGACCUGACUUUUUUUUUUUUUAAUGAAGAGAAAGCUUUGAAUCACGAUUUUUGGAACAGAUGGUGGGAACGUGGAGGAGGGCAGUUAUGUAAUUUAAACAACAUGGCAGUGAUAUGUGAACAAAGCCAUUACUGCCUUGUGAGUACGAGUCUCGGAAUGCCCUAGCAAUAAGCCUUAUGAGAUGGGGGAUUGCUUAGGAAGGCAGCGUUGAUUUCUUAGCUUCUGGGCAUUUUGCUGCUACCUUAUAUUCAGGGGAAAGCUGCCUUAGAGGGGCCGGGUAUCCGCAAGCCUUCAGUUCCCUCCCAGCGCUGAGUUCAGAGGCUUGGCGGAGGGCCCUGUGCCGUCAAAAUUAAGAAGCAGACAAAGUUUGUCUUUCACUCUUCCAAAUGCCACUUGCCUUCCUGCACCGAGGUCUCUAUUUCUGAAGGACACUCUCAUUUCAGAGCCAAGCUGGAAAGGGCUGUUGAGUGUUUAUUUGAGUUGUGUUUGUAUGUGCUUAAGUGUUUGGGGGAUGUGGGCUGCAGCUCUCUGCCUGUUAAUCAAGCCAGCCUGUGCCAGUGUACCAAACUAGAAUACUGGUUUCUUAACUACACAUAUCCAUACUUUUUAAGGGCUAUCAUUGGUUUUCUUGUGCUUAAAAUUUUAAAUGCACGUGCUUUUAUGUUACCAAACAUGCAGAGUGGCUCAAGAUUUUCAUUACAGUAAAAACUGUAUGAAAUAAAUACCUCAUCAUAAGCUCAUCAAAAUCGAUCGCUCUGAACCUUUUAAUAUAAGCCUAAGUUAUUAUUUAAUGGAAUCGGUUUUCAUUUUUAUAUCUUCAGAAUCUUUUUUCAAAGUACUUUAGUUUUGUUAUGGACCGUUUGAGGCUUCUUUCUUUGCAAUGGCUCUAAACCUUUCCUGGGGAACUGUGGAAUUUUCAGGCUGGGUGCAGGUUUUAGAAAGCCACUGCUGUUAAGAGCGUUUCCCACCCUCUCGAUCCCCCAUUACUCAGAAAUGAUUGCCUCUUUGCUCUGAGGAGCAAAGCAAGCUUACCGUAGCUUAUACAUUUCUGUACACUUGUCCCUUGUCAGGCACAAAGUCGGCAUUAACAAGGGAUGUUUUUGUGCCUGUGAGACCAAUGAGCUUUUCAAGCUUUUCCUGGCUUGUUAAGGUUUAUGACUUUCUAAGUCUAAUAACUAGCAUCAUGGAAUUUUGAGUAAACAAACGUUCAUUCCGCCCUCACUUUGAAAACAUUCUAAUUGCUGGCAUUUCUCCCUAGUGUAUUUAUAUAUAUAAUGUUCUCGCCUUCACCAUGCUUCCGAGGGCAGUAACAUUUUCUUUGUGUGCGUGUGUGCGUGUGUGUGUAUGUGUGUGUGUCAGAGAUGGAAGCUAUUUUCUUCCCUAUUAUAAAACUGAUACUGAAAUAUGCUAAUUUAUUUGUUUUAGUUAAGUGCUGCUAAUUUGCAUACCUCUUGAACGUUUUAAUAUAUUUUGAUACCUUUAACAACUUCAAGUGAUGUCUGUAUAAUGGAUAAAGUGCA